AUUUUCUCUCUCCUACAACUUGCUUGAAUUUUGUGUCCAUUUUUUUCUCUUAUCAACUUUCUCAUUCAUAUAAAAUCCAUCACAUCCUUCUUAAAACCCUGUUUUUUUGCUUAAAAUCCUUUAAAACAAACUCAAGCAAGAAAUCCCAGAAUUUUUUAGCUCUGAAAUGGGUUGUUGUUUAAGCAUACUACAAUUAAAAGCUGAUGGAAGCCCUGUUCAUCAAAAUAGUGGAGAUAGUGAUAGGAUUCAAUCUCCAGGACUGAACCAAAGAUCAGAGGGAGAGAUAUUGCAAUCGUCGAAUUUGAAGAACUUUUCCUACAAUGAUCUUUGCACUGCAACUCGCAAUUUCCGGCCUGAUAGUGUGCUUGGAGAAGGUGGUUUUGGUUGUGUGUACAAAGGGUGGAUUGAUGAGCAUACCUUUGCACCUGCUAAGCCAGGUUCUGGAAUGAUCAUUGCUGUCAAGAGGCUUAAUCAUGAAGGAUAUCAGGGUCAUAGGGAAUGGUUGACUGAAAUAAAUUACUUGGGACAACUACGACACCCUAAUCUUGUGAACCUGAUCGGGUACUGCUUAGAGGAUGAGCACCGCCUCUUGGUAUACGAGUUCAUGACACGUGGUAGCUUGGAGAAUCAUCUGUUCAGGAGAUCAUCUUAUGUUGAGCCUUUAACAUGGAAUCUCCGAAUAAAAAUAGUUGUUGGCGCAGCAAAGGGGCUUGCCUUCCUCCAUAGCCCAAAGAUAAAAGUCAUUUAUCGAGAUUAUAAGCCUUCCAACAUACUCCUCGAUUCCGAUUUCGAAGCAAAGCUUUCCGAUUUCGGUUUGGCUAAAGAUGGGCCAUUUGAUGACCAAGGUUACGUAUCCACAAGAGUCAUGGGUACCCAUGGGUAUGCAGCUCCCGAAUAUAUUGCCACUGGUCACCUAACCCCAAAGAAUGACAUCUACAGUUUUGGGGUCGUUCUCCUUGAAAUGAUGACAGGAAGACGAGUUCUAGAUGAAAACCGGACCACCAAGGAGAAAGACCUAGUCAAGUGGGCAAUGCCGUAUCUCCGGAAGGAAAAAAUAAGCAGAAUCAUGGACACUAGAAUCCAGGGACAGUAUUCUUCAAGGUCAGCAAAGAUCAUAGGCAACCUUGUCAUUCAAUGCCUGUCGAUAGACCCUAGGUUUCGGCCCAAUAUGGUUGAGGUUGUCUCAACACUCGAGCAACUUCAAGACUCUAAACCCGCUGCUGAUUUAUACCCUGUAAACCGCGAUUUAUAUCCUGAAGUAAGACGGGGUUCUAACUGUCAAAAAUCAAGUCUAGAACCCAAAAACCGGAAGCGAGUCAUCGUUGGUAAUGAAGUUAGCAAGGGUGGUGUUACUACUUCUCCUGAUUAUAGAUCAUCUGUUGCACCUGUUUAAUAGCUGACAAUAAUAUAAAUUUUUUAUUUUUCUCAUCUUUUGGUGAAUGGAAGUCUUGCAUAUCUCAUGACAUCUUAAUAUUCAGAAGCAUCUACAAUGGUUUGGAAAGAAAUAAGGUUAGGUAGGUAAGGUUGCACAUGGUUUUUCCAAUGUAAAUUGAACAACUUUGGUAAUGGGUGAAUCAAACUGAUCCCAUGCUUUGGUUGAUGAUUGUACAGCAAUUUUUAAUGUUGUAACUAAUUGUUGCUCCC